AGAGGCCACUAGGCCUACGUAAACCCGCACAUGCGCAGUGUCGGACCUUAAACAGCCCUUUUUAUGCCUAGCGUUGAACGACUAGCAUCAAACGAGCAUCAAGAUGCAGCUCUUCUUGCGUGCCCAGAACACUCACACCCUUGAGGUGACCGGACAGGAGACUGUUGGACAGAUCAAGGCCCAUGUCCAGUCUCUGGAGGGUCUCCUUGUCGAGGAUCAGGUGCUGUUGCUUGCUGGAUGCCCACUGGAGAAUGAUGCCUCCCUGGCAUCUUGUGGAGUGUCAGAGCACUGCACCCUGGAGGUAGCUGGCAGGCUGCUGGGAGGUAAAGUCCACGGUUCUCUGGCCCGUGCUGGAAAAGUGAGGGGACAGACACCCAAGGUUGACAAGCAGGAGAAAAAGAAAAAGAAGACUGGCCGCGCCAAGCGUCGCAUCCAGUACAACAGGCGCUUUGUGAACGUUGUGCCCACCUUCGGUAAGAAGAAGGGACCCAAUGCCAACUCCUAAAUGCUUCAUUGCCCCACAGGAGAAGCAUGAUUGCUAUCCAUUGAUUUUUACCAAGUUAAAUGUUGUCCUGUACAGAAUAAAAUUUGGCUUGGAUAGAA